AACGGGUGGAGGAGGGGCAGAAAGGGAACUAGAACUGGCUGAGAGCAGAGAAAACCGGUUCCAGCCAGACACAGACACAGCAAAGAACUCAGAGCUUACAACAACCGCUAGCCACUAAUGCUACCACAAGAGCUGCGAUAUGGGCAGGGGUAAGCAGUACUGGUCAAUCGCUGAACAAUAUGUCUCCUGGAAAUCUGGUCCUCUCCAGAGAAUAAAACGCGGCACAAAGGAGCUACCAGAACUAAGGAGCAGUAUGAGCAGAUCCAGAGAGAGCUGGCUGCGCAAGGACAUGAGCGUGCGCUCCAGCAGAUAGUGAAUAAAAUCAAGAAGUUGAAGAUGGAGUUUAAGGAGCAGACAUUAUACUCCAAGCAAGGCAGGGACUACUGGAUCCAGAAGAACCCGUACUAUGAGGUUCUGGAGUGUGCAUUUGGCAGAAGAGAACAGCAGUCACUGCAACAGGAGGACUACUUUGUGCGUCCAUCUCCUACAGAAAAUGAUGCUGAAACAUGGAAAGAGUCAUGCUCUAUGCAGGAGAUAAACUGUUUACUGAAGAUCUGCACUAAUGCUGAGCUACACCAAAGACUGGGCUCACCCUGCACCUCCAAAGACAUUAUUGAGGACAUCCAGAAGGAGAUGAGGCAGCAGGGAUAUGACCUGACAGCUGAACAGAUUGUAGACAAAAUAAAAAUUUUAAAGAUAGAAUACAAUGCUCAAAAGAACAACCCCAACCAAGAAACAGGGAACAGUCAGGGAAUCAUAAUCAACUUAGACGUAGUGGACUUCAUCCUUGGAGCUAAAGACGAUUGUAUACCCCAGAACACAGAGACAGUUAAGACCGAGCCCACAGAUGAUGACGAAUUCCUGAACACAUCCACAAAUACUGCUCAGCCACCCCCUAUCAGCGAGCCAGUCUUGCAAGCAACACGAGACUGCGAUGUAGUGAAGACUGAGCCUAUAGAAAAUAAUACACUAUUACAGCUGCCUAUUGAUCCCGGAUUAGAGGCAUUGGAUUGUAGCUCCUACACCUCUAUGCCACCACUCAGACCAGUGCAAAAAAUGAACAACGACAAAUGGAUUGAUGCAGAAGUCCAAGCUCUCCUCAGCGUGUAUGCCACAACCAAGAUGCAGCAGGACUUUGAGUGUCAGAAGAAGAACACCAAAAUCUUUGAGAGGAUUUCAAAGGAAUUGGAAAACUUUGGCAUUCACCACACGCCAAAACAAUGCAGGGAAAAGGUUAAGAAACUCAAACAGGACUAUAAGAAGAUCAAGGAUUAUAACAAUCUGAGUGGUGCAGAGAUCAAAACCGGCAAGUGGUACGACAUCUUGGACAGCAUCCUGGGUCACCAUCCUUUCUACUCAGAGACCCCUGUGCCCAUAUCUGAGAACUCUGCAGAGGAGCUGAUGGAGUCCACCUGCACUGAAAGAGAAGACCUCGAGUCCAUCUCAGACAACAAUGUAAAUUCAAGAGGAAACUCAGAGGGAGCACAUGCCUUAGGGAGUGUGUCCUGUGAUCCUGACAGUAAAUCUGUUUUACAGCUGACCAUUGAUCCUGCUCUGUGUAACUCUGAUUUGAAAAUCGUGCAUGUUCUAUCAGGCGCAGCAGAGGGCAGCUCAUACUCCUCUUUACCACUGUCCGGCCCACUGCUCAAAAACAACGAUAAAUGGAUUGAUGCAGAGGUCCAAGCUCUCCUCAGCGUGUACGCCACAGCCAAGAUGAAGGGAGACUGUGAGGGUCAUAAGAAGAACAGCAAAAUCUUUGAGAGGAUUUCAGAGGAAUUGGAAAACUUUGGCGUUCACCACACACCAAAACAGUGCAGAGAGAAGGUUAAGAAACUCAAACAGGACUAUAAGAAGAUCAAAGAUUAUAACAACCUGAGUGGUGCGGAGAUCAAAACCGGCAAGUGGUACGACAUCCUGGACAACAUCCUGGGUCACCGUCCUUUCUACUCAGAGACCCCUGUGCUCAUAUCUGAGAACUCUGCAGAGGAGUUGAUGGAGUCCACCUGCACUGAAAACUACCCACAGUCAAGAGAGGGCCCUGAGUCCAUCUGCACAGACAACCAUGUAGAAUCUAUAGCGAGCUCUGAGGAGAGCGCAACAGAGCCUGAGCAGGAUCUGGGCCAGUUUCCAAGCACAGAGGAGCAUCAAGUCGCCAGUAGUAACCUCUAUCAUCCUACAGUCAGAAGUGUGCCAUUUCGCUUCCGACCAGUGAAGCGCAAGAGGAAGGAAAGCUCAGAUCUCGUGGAGUGUUUGGAAAGGAUGCAGGAAAGGUACCUCCAGCACAGCAGAGAAAUGCAUGAAGCUUUACUCAACAAGAUGGACACCCACAUGGCUGCUGUGAUUGGGCUGUUGAAGCGGAUGGCAUCAGCGAUGGAGGCCCAGUUUGCAAAACAAACUCCACAACACUGACUUAUAUUAGGAUCUUUCAGCUCUAAUUGAUAUAAUUUAUCCAUGCCUUUGUUAAAUAAAGGUGAUUUUUUUGUA